ACCGACAUAAUGAACAUGGCUAGAAUUCAAUAAGAACCCGAGGGAGGAAGUUACCAUCUAGUACUAGAGAAACAUACUCAUCAGUAAUCAUGCAAUUUUUAUUAAGAGGAUGAUAAAUGGAAAAAUGAUAAAUAAAUAAAUAAAGUCAAAAACUUUUUCAUCCUCUCUUAUCACCAAGAGGCGUGAUUGCGCAGUGCAAUACCAUUCACCCAACCCCACCGAAGGACUCUUUAAUGUGCACCCCUUGCAAACUCAAGGAAGAACACGAAAGCUCAUGUUUGGCUAAGCUUAAUAGUAUUACUUAUAAGCAGCCAUCCUCGAAUCUCAACAGUUCCAGCAUAAUCACUCAAAAUUUCAAGAAUUCCACCAACAAAUCUCACUCUCAAGAACCAGAAACAAUUUCACACACAGAGAGAGAUGGAUCCAGCAAAUGGUCUGGUGGCUUUCUCCCCCACACAUUCCUCCAUUUCUUCUUCUGAUCUUGACACUGAGUCUACAGGUUCAUUUUUCCAUGACAGAAGCACCACACUUGGCACUCUUAUGGGGGUCACCUUGCAGGCUAUCACAUUCAGGGCUUCCUCCUCCCAGAACCUACAGUCGGAGAAUACAGUCUCCGCCGCCCACAACGGCCGGAUAACCAAGACACCCAAAAAGGGUCGGGCUCGGGGAUCGAUGGGGAUGGAGGAGCAGCGGCUUCGGCGGCAAAGAAGGAGAUGGUGGAGGCUAUGCAGAGAUGAUUAUGACUGUCGGCGGGCGUCUCUUGGGGAAUAUUUGGAGGUGGAGAGGAGGUUCGGCGAUGGCGUCUUCUUGGGUGGUGGCGGCGGCGGCGCUGCUGCGGAGCUUGAGGAAGGGAUUGUUCAAGAACCGACGCAGAAUGGCCGGAAUUUGUUUGCCGAAGGCAGGGUUCUGCCUCCGGCGGAGAUUGAAGAAGAUGCAUCGCCGGCCGAUGGUGGACUCUGUAGAUUCUCGGUGGUUUCUUUGGGUGGGAUUUGUAGUGGUGGUAGUAGUGCAGUGGGGUAAGUUUUUCUUCAUUAUUUUCCCCCCCUUCUUCGUCUUUUUCUUUUCCUUUUUUCUUUUUAAAUUGAGGAAAUUCUGAAUUGUAGUUCCUUUUCAAUACUCACAAAAGCAAAAUUCUGUCAAUUAUUAAAAGUGAUUGUUAUAAUGUAAUAGAAAUUAAAUAAUUAAAUUGCAAGUUUGUUGUGUGGUAAUGUCUGAGUGAAUGGUUAACCUAACAAAAAUAGAAACUUGGUGUUGAUGGUUGAAC